AUGCAGACGGAUCAGACGGAAGAAUCUAGUCGGGUGAGAGCUUGUGCCCGGAGAGCUUGCCAGGAAUGCAGCAGAAAGAAAUCCAAGUGUGACAGGGCGCUUCCUAGUUGUUCGUCAUGUCAGAAGUACCGUAGGGUAUGCAAUUAUGAGAGGCCAGACAAGACGCCACUAACGAGGAAGUAUAACACCGCACCUCAGGUAUUUACCUGGGACAGAGACAUCAUGAAUUCUCUAGAAAGUCCCCCAAUAUCAGGAAGUUUUGAAUGGGAUGAGCGAAAUGGCCAGCCUGGCGGACAAAAAUUCGUUGAUGGAAUGGGGAGUUUGACCAGCGAUGUAGAUGGUAGUGGUUAUCUUGGCGUUGCUUCGGGAGCUGCACUUCUGCGUAUGACUGCAGGCCACAAGGAGCAUCGAUCUGGAACAGCAAGCCCCAGGGCGUCCAUAAUACCAUUUGCCAUUACCUCUUUAUCUGCAUUGGACGGUUAUAUCGACGACUACUUUUCACUCUACCACCGCUCAUACCCCAUAAUACACGAAGCUACCUUUCGAGCUCAAUUCAUGGAAGUCAUCCCACGGCCCAGUGGAAAUGCCUGGCAAGUCUUGCUCUAUGUUGUAGCUGCUCUGGGAGCAUGGUCAACUGCUACGCAGCAGGCAGACGCUCACACUGGACUAUUUGAGGCAGCAAAGGCAAGAUUUUCAAUUGAUCUGUUGGAAACUGGCAAUUUAGUCCUGGUUCAAGCUUUGACAUUAAUGUCGAACUAUGCGCAAAUGGGAAACAAACCAAAUUCCAGUUACAAUUACUACGGGUUAGCACGACGUAUUGCCAUGGGAAUUGGCCUUCAUAAAGAAUUCUCAGCCUGGCAGCUAAACCCACUGGUCGUAGAAAUGAGGCGCAGGGUCUGGUGGUGUUUGUAUGCAUUCGAUGUGGGAAGCAUCAUCACUUUCUCUAGGCCAUUCGACUUUCCACAAACUGGAGUCGAUGUUGAAUUGCCAACUAAUAUUCAUGACAUCGAUCUUACAACGUCUACAACCCAAAAACCACAACCAGCAGAUGAGACCACGCUAUACUCACAUCUGAGAGCCCAAUGCUCUUUUCACAUGGCUACCUGCAAUAUAUACGAGCGAAUGAUAUCAAAUUCUUUGCCAACGGCAGGAGAAAUGACUGCGUUGGACGAUAUAUCAAUCGGUCCAUGGCUGAAAUCACUACCCCAUUACUUUCAGCCGCACGCUACUCAACCGCCCAAAUAUGCCUUCUGUCAUGCUACACUUCAAUGGCGGUAUCGCAAUUUGCGUAUACUAGCAUACCGCCCAUUUCUUGUUAGACGGGCCAUGUCUAGUUCGGAGUGGGGACAAAACCAGGACAAUUCGGAGGACCUAGACAGCAUUGAUAUCGCAUUCGAGCGCUGUCUGGAUGCGUCAAGGGAAUCGGUCGAACUCAUCUCAAGCUUCUGGUUCAACAAUUCCCAGACAAUGAUGGCUUCUUGGUACGGGCUAUACUUUUUGUUUCAAGCAGUCCUUAUUCCAAUCGUCUGUCUUCGUAAUAAUCCGCGAUCCGACCUUGCAGGAGCAUGGCGUGACCAGAUUCACGAGUCUAUCAGGGUUUUAGAAUCCAUGACGCGACUUAAUCCCACAGCAAGUCGAUGCCUUCGCGUCGUGACAUCUCUGACCCAAGCAUACAUCUCGAGUGAAGAAGAAAUAAACGGGCCUACUCAAGAGUCAUGGCAGGAUCAGCUGACAGGCCUAUACCCGAUGAUGUGGCCAGAACUCGGAUCGGAUUUUGCGCCACUUGAUCGUAUCAACAUACUGUAA